AUGGCACUACCGUGCCCAUCGAGGGCCUACCCUGACAACAAACCGCGCGGGCUCGCGAGACAGCGUGACCCAGACGACUGGAAGCUACGAUCGCCUUGGAAAGUGCACGGGACCAACGACAACAAGGAGACCUUUCGGUACACGAACGAGGCCACGGGCGACCUAGUCAUCAACAGAGUGCCUCGGUACGGACAAAAGCUGCUGCAGACAGCCCAAGUGUUCAAGGACAUCGCGAAUGGCCCGCUCACGGGUUCCGUCGCUAUGAACAUGACAUUGCAACAGCUAUGGGACAAUCAGAACGGAGCGGACAAGCUACGUGCCGGUGGCAGCCACCCAGGGUCCAGCAACGACACCCUUGCGCCGACCGCCACCAACCCGAUCGCGAUGUGGAGAGACUUCGGCCCGAGAUUGUGCGCUGAGGGAAACCCGAUGGGCGACAGGUGUAACAGAUGCAAUUGUCCCGGCAUCAUUUACCGCGACAGCAGCGAGUGGGCCGACGUCUUCGACCAGUUCCCCCCACGCACCAACGAGGUCAUUACCGCCGAAGGACCACACUACCCGGAGGCACACAAUACAAGCGCAUUCGCACCCCAGGCGCCAGUGAUCAGGGCAUCAGUGGGGACGCCUUACAAGACCGAAGCGCGGCAAACGGAGCCCACCGACAAGGAGACGACCGGCACAGACCACGCGCGGCCGCCGAGGUACAAUGCGCCGCCCAGUUUCAUUCCCCAGAGGAGUAUUAGCGGUGAGAGCCCCCGCGGCACCGAGGACGCGCCGCCACGGGCUAAAGCAGACGGCUGUUUCCCCAUCGCCACGCUCUUCAGGACAGCGCUAGGCCACCCCGGCGGCAACGUCAAUCGGGUCCGCGCGGCAUACCAGGACUGGACGUUGGAGGACAAAUACAAAGAUAUAUGCUUCACCAUCGAGCAGGGCGAGAGCAUCCGCAUCACAUGGAUCGAGCCGCUGCCGAGUCCAAUGGCGUGGAACCCCACCGUCUACUGGGCCCUGGGAGAGCAUACCUCGGACGACGCCACCCACCAGGCACACGAGACCAGAGAGAAACCCCAGCUGCAGUUACUCCAGACAGAAAAGAUCGACCCCAAUCGCAUGAUCGACUAUAUGGUGUACAUCACCAGCACCGCCGACGCCAUCGUCAGCCUCCGCCUCGUCAUGGAGACUGAGGACCUGGACGACUACCCCCGUAUCGUGCUGGACAUCGUGCACCGCGCAAUCUUCUGCGAGAGGACCGCGGGCCGCCGUGCCCUUCCGGAAGGGCCUAGCCCCGAAGCAGACACAGGAUUUGGCGAGGGCACCCACGACAAUCACCAGUGA